AUGUCGAAGACCAAGGUUUCCUCCAAGGUUGACAAGAAGGUCUCCAAGACCCUGUCCAAGGUCAAGGACGCCGGCGUGACCAAGGCUGCUGCCUCCCCUGCCGCCAAGGCCAAGGAUGUUGCUCGCAAGGCUGCCGCCAAGGACUCCAAGGCCUCUAAGAAGAACAAGAAGAAGGAGCCCACUCCCAGCUCCUCGUCCUCCUCCGAGUCUGAGAGCGAUGAGGAGAUGAAUGAUGCUUCUUCCUCGUCUGACAGCGAGAGCGAGGACGAGAAGCCCGUGAAGAAGGAGACCAAGAAGGUUGAGAAGAAGGUCGUCAAGGAGUCCUCCUCCUCUGAGUCAUCCGACUCUGAGUCCGAGUCCGAGGAUGAGAAGCCUGUCGCCAAGAAGGCUGCCAAGCAGGAGUCUUCUGACUCCGAGUCCUCUGAGUCCGAGUCCGAGUCUGAGGAUGAGAAGCCUGCCAAGAAGGCCGAGAAUGUUGCCAAGAAGGAGGAGACCUCCGAGUCUUCCGACUCCGACUCCGACUCUUCUGAGUCUGAGGAUGAGACUCCCGCUAAGGCUGAGAAGGCCGAGAAGGACUCCGACUCCGAGUCUGAGGCCGAGGAGAAGCCCUCCAAGAAGCGCAAGGCCGAGGAGGAGCCCACUCCCGCUGCCAAGAAGUCGAAGAGUGAGGAUGUCCCCGAGGGUGCCUCUGCCAACCUCUUCGUCGGCAAUCUGUCCUGGAACGUCGACGAGGAGUGGCUCCAGCGUGAGUUCGCCGAGUUCGGUGAGCUCACUGGAUGCCGUAUCGUGACCGACCGUGAGUCCGGUCGCUCUCGUGGCUUCGGCUACGUUGAGUACGCCAGCGCCGCCGAUGCUGCUAAGGCCUUCGAGGCCAAGAAGGGUACCGAUCUCGAUGGCCGUACCAUCAACCUCGACUAUGCUACCGGUCGCCAGAACAACCAGCAGCAGGGUGCUGGUCGUGAGCGUGCCCAGACUCGCGCCAAGAGCUUCGGUGAUUCCACCAGCCCCGAGAGCGAUACCUUGUUCGUUGGUAACCUGCCCUUCAGUGCCUCCGAGGAUGCUCUCCGUGACGUCUUCGGUGAGCAGGGUACCAUUCUUGGAAUCCGUCUGCCCACCAACCCUGACGAUGGCCGCCCCAAGGGCUUCGGUUACGUCCAGUUCUCUUCCGUUGAUGAGGCUCGUGCCGCUCACUCUGCCCUCAACGGUGCCGAUCUUGAGGGUCGCUCCCUGCGUCUGGACUUCAGCACCCCCCGUCCUCCUCGUGAGGGUGGUGGUGGCUUCGGUGGUGGCUUCGGUGGUGGCCGUGGUGGUGGUCGUGGUGGCUUCGGUGGUCGCGGCGGUGGUCGCGGUGGCCGUGGCGGCUUCGGCGGCCGUGGUGGUGGCCAGGGCGGCUACAAUAAGGCCAAGGGCAGCAUCCCUGAGUUCAAGGGUACCAAGGUCACCUUCUAA